AUUUCAGCUUGUGGACGUUCUUGUUCCGUGCUCCGUGCGUACCUUGUUUUUUGUAGUUAAAACGUUCCUUUCUCUGGUAAUUUAUUGUGUCGAUGUCGUCAGAAAGUCCUCAAAAAGUUUCGCGAUGGUACUUCGGAGGACUGGCUAGCGCAGGAGCAGCGUUCUGUACCCAUCCACUGGAUUUGCUGAAGGUGAUCUACCAGAUUGAUCUUCGAACCAACCUGUCGAUGUUUCAGCUUUCUCGCGAAAUUGUGCGAGAUGAUGGAUUUACUGCUCUGUAUAGUGGCGUUUCCGCUGCAGUUCUUCGCCAACUCACCUAUUCGACUACCAGAUUUGCCAUUUACGAGCUUGGCAAGCAAUCUGACUUUGGGAAAGAUUCGGGAUUUCUCGGACGAAUCGUUAUGGCCGCUAUCGGAGGUACAGUGGGAGGUUUUGUCGGUUCUCCAGCGGAUCUCAUCAACGUGCGAAUGCAGAAUGACGUUAAACUUCCUCCUGCACAGCGAAGAAACUACAAAAAUGCGGUCGAUGGCAUUGUUCGCGUGUGGAGAGAGGAAGGCUUUCUGCGGCUAUUUUCUGGCGCUAGUUCGGCAACCGCCCGAUCCGUUUUUAUGACCAUCGGUCAGCUAACGUUCUACGAUCAGGCAAAGUACACGCUGUUCCAGACGGGUCAUUUCACAGACAACAUUGGUACGCAUUUUCUUGCGUCGCUGAUCGCCGGCGGUAUCGCGACAACGAUGACUCAACCGAUCGAUGUUGUUAAAACGGUCAUGAUGAACGCAAAGCCAGGCGAGUUCCGGAACAUCGGGGCCAUUCUACGGCACAUCGGAAAGCUGGGACCGGUUGGGUUUUUCAAGGGCUUUGUUCCACGAUUCAUACGGUUGGGACCACACACCGUUCUAACGUUUAUCUUCUUGGAGCAGCUAAGAAUCAACUUCGGAGUGUUCCGAAAUACGUAAAAAUCUCAAGGAAAAUGUAGAUGUAGAAUUGAAAGACUGAGUUUGCUUUUUGAGUAAUUGACACACGAAAUGAUACGUUUCAGGAAUGUAGUAUUAGAAUAGUUCUUAGCAUUUCUUCCAAAUCGCAACCAACGGAUGAAGUUCCGUCGAAUAAAC